GACCAUUUACCCCUAGCUCCAAAAUUGUUUUCGGAGAUACCAGCUACGAUGAGGAUAUCAAGAUCUGUGUAUCCAAUAUUCCACCUCCUGCUCGCCCGCCAGCUCCGAUCAACCCAUGGGCUUCUCUUACCAUUGAUGAAACGGUAGAAAUCCAGAAUUGGCUCCUGAGUCCUCAGAUGAACCUAAACCUCACGCGGGGAGAUGCAGCUCGGCCAUCUGAUAACUCCAUCUACAUGAUACAGACAUACUAUCCUCCCAAGGCUGACGUUCUCAAAUAUUUCUCAUCUUUGGAUCCUCAUGAUGCACCUUCAAGGUUCGCUCGGGUUACGAUUCACCAUGGCGGGACCAUGGAACCUGUGAUUAGAGAUUACCUCGUCGGGCCGCUCCCGGUCACGCCAGCUACGGAGAUGACGCAUUUAACGGAGAUUUAUCAUACCAAAACUCUUCCCUACAACGCACGGGGAUAUGACGCCCUUGACUGGAACCUGCCGGAAAUCACCACCAAGAUAGCAGCCCCGCUGAUGGAUGCAUAUAAGGAACUUCUAGGUAGUUUGCCCAAUGAUACCAUUGUUGCUGGAGGCGCCGGGCCGUUCGGUUUCGACGGAUCGUUUAGGCGCUUCUGGUUGAAUUGGCAGAGAGAUACGCCCGGAUUUUGGCUGCACCCGCUGAAUCUUUGGCAAUAUAUCGACGUCAGUGGUACCGAUCCUUCGAAAUGGGACCAGCUGAAGAUCGUUUACAAUCAUCAAGUAUUUGAUACAGCGGAAUCAUUCAUGGAUGCGUUUCAUAACGGUACGCUCAAGCGCGUGCCUCCGGUGACGAAGCAAGAAGAGGACCUCUCUUGGAGUACACGAGAACGUAUCGGCACCUUACGUGACCUCGACGACCUUCCAGGACCUCGUUCCGUAUCUUUUGCUGGGUUGCGGUUUAGGAUUGACCAUGACCUACAAUACGUCAGUUGGAUGGGCUGGGGACUUUAUCUGGGUUUUGAUCGCGAUAUGGGAUUAAACCUGUGGGAUAUACGCUUCCGGGGUGAACGGAUCAUCUACGAGCUCAAGCCUCAAGAGGCAUUGGCGCAAUACACCGGGAAUGAUCCUUAUAAGUCGAGCACUGCACUUUUGGACUCGUACUUUGGCAUGGGGCAGUCGGUCCGCGAUCUUCUUCCAGGUUAUGAUUGCCCAGACGAGGCCAUUUAUCUCCCAACUACAACUUUUUCAGCAACAGGGAUGAUGACCAGGAAGCGAGCAAUAUGUAUCUUUGAACAGGACAGCGGACGUCCUAUAUCAAGACAUCUUGGUUUUGAGCGAAGUGAAUUUGGUGCGGUCAAAGGUUACCAGCUGGUUAUUAGGAGUGUUGCCACCUUUGAAUAUAUUUUCCACAUCGAUGGAACCAUCGAGGUUCGUGUAUCAGCAUCCGGAUACCUUUUAUCAGGGUUCUGGGAUGAGGAGCAAGGAGCUUACGGGAGCAAAAUCUGGAACACCACUCUUGGAAGUCUUCACGACCAUGUCAUCAACUUCAAGGUCGACCUUGACGUAGGAGGAACACAAAAUUCGUUGUUGAAAACAAGUCUUAGCCAGGAAGUCACUAACCAACCGUGGUUCGACGACGAUUGGGGUGAGGAGGUGAUCCAACAAAGGAUCACCCGUGAAUACAUCGAUAACGAAGACGAAGCUCUGCUGAGAUUCCCCACCAACUUCCAAGGAGGUUAUACUAUUGUGAACACUGACGAAACCAAUAAAUGGGGAAUUCCUAGAGGAUAUGCAAUCCAUCCCGGUUACUCGCCGGUUUAUAAUACCGUUGUAGGAUCCAAGCGUCUGCUCAAAAAUGCAAACUGGGCGCGUUAUAAUUUGGCGGUGUCUCGUCGCAAGGAUACAGAGCCGUCUUCCAGCAGCAUGUGGAACUUUAACCUUCCAGGGGCUCCCCCUGUUGACUUCCACAAAUUCUUUGACGGUGAAAAUAUUACUCAAGAGGAUUUGGUGACCUGGAUUAACGUUGGGAUGCACCACCUUCCCGCGUCAGAGGAUGUUCCGAAUACAAGGACUAAUACAGCCGCUUCAAGUUUCUUCUUGACGCCUUUCAAUUAUUUCGACUAUGACGUCUCCAUCGAGUCUGCCAAUGCCAUACUGCUUCAACCUCCCAAAAAUCCGGGAGACCCGUUUUCUUACAAUGAUUAUAAUGUUCGUCCAGCCCACUGCGUCCCGGAACCCCCUGCCGCAUUCGAGUACUAUCCGGAGCAGGUGUACGACUUGGAUGGGAAACCUGCCCCUCCCUCGACGGUGGAAGAGAUGAGGAAGGCUUCUGAGCUCUACCUUCGUAUCAAACUUGAGCUUUAACAGGAAUAUCACUAAGGAACUGGUUAGCUUUGUCUAUGUAUCAAUUUUACUUCAUGCAAUUAUGAUAUCGGGAGUAAUUCGGCGCUGGUAAUCGGG